AUGGCUCCGCCCGCGACCCAGGGCGACUCACUGCAAGAGCGCCUCCUCAAGCUAGCACAGACGCUGCAGUUUGCGUGGUUCGUCGGCCAUGUGACAUUGCUCCUCUGCACGCUCCGCUACGGCCUCAGUUACAUCUUCCUCAAGUACUACAGCCGGUGGGCCCAGUUCAGCUAUCGCACCGCCUUCAUCGCAGCCGCGGCCACCUACGGCAUAGUAGUCUUCAAGGGAUACCGCGCACGCGCAAAGUCUGGCAAGCAGCCAAGCAGCCCACUGGCAUUGGUCACCGACGAGAAUGUGCAGUACCUUGCAAUGGCCCUCCUGUGGCUCUUCUCCCGCCAAUAUCCACUCGCCAUGCUCCCAUACGCCAUCUACAGCGUGUUCCACGUCCUCACCUACACCCGCGGCAUCCUCCUGCCAACUCUCCAGCCAGCGCCAGCUGCUGCAGCAGGCCAGAAACCACAAUCAUCCGGCCUUGCUGAGACCCUCGGCCGCUUCGUGAAGGACUACUAUGACGCGAGUAUGUCUCUCGUCGCUGGCCUUGAGUUGGCAUUGUGGUUCCGCAUCCUUGGCUCGGCCAUCUUCUUCGUCAAGGGAAGCUGGAUCAUUCUGGCUCUCUUCACCGUUUUCCUCCGCGCCCGCAUCAGCCAGAGCACUUUUGUGCAGGGCAUGAUCAAGCAGCUCGGUGCUCGCGGUGAUGCGCUCACUCAGCGCCAGGAUGUUCCGCCAGCUGCUCGCCAAGCCUGGGACACUGCCAAGAACGUGCUUAAGCAGAUCCACGACCAGACCGACAUGAACCGUUUCGUAGGCGGCGCCCAGCAAGCGCCACCAAAGAAGGCACAGUAA